GGACUGGGACUGGGACUGGGACUGGGAGUGUGAGCUCCGGCUUUGUAUAUUUACUCCGCAACGCCCUCACCGCCUCGCCACAGUUCAAUCCACAACAUCUCGACGAAGAGGGGAGGGGAGAGAGAGAGAGAGAGAGAGAGAGAGAAUGGAGAGGAGCGAGCCCGUGCGGAAACCCCACACCUCCACCGCCGACCUCCUCACCUGGCCGGAGACAUCGCCGCCGGUGACUUCUCCGGCCGACUCCGCCGCCGCCGCCGCCUCGCGCCGCUCUCUCAAGCCCGCGGCAGGGAUCAGCGCGGCGAUGUUCGGCGCCCCGAUCAGCGACGCCGACGCCGAGAUCGCCAACAAGACGAAGGCUUGCUCGGGGUUGAAGCUGAAAGAGAUAACUGGAAGUGGAAUCUUUGCAGCUGACAUAAAAAAUGGGGGAUUGGAGUCCGGAUCUGCUGUUUCGAACCCUAGUAAUAAAACUGCUAUAAGAGUGUAUCAGCAAACAGUUAGCGGAAUCAGCCAAAUCUCGUUCAGCGCAAAUGAGAGUAUUUCCCCAAAGAAACCGACAUCUCUUACUGAGGUCGCAAAGCAGCGAGAGCUUAGUGGGACUAUGGAAAGUGAGUUGGAAGCUAAAAUUAGGAAGCAACUUUCUGAAGCAAAGAAUAAGGAGCUUAGCGGGCAUGAUAUCUUUGGUCCUCCACCUGAGGUCCCUGCUAGACCUUUAGUGGCACGGAACCUGGAAUUAAGAGGCAACCUAGAUAUGGUGCUACCCCAACCAAGGAAUAUUCAUACAUCGGUUAAGGUAUCCAAUCCGGCUGGAGGUCCUAGCAACAUCAUGUUUAGCGAGGUGCCGGUAACAAAGACAACUAAGAAGAUCCAUGAUCAGAAGUUCCAAGAGCUGACCGGAAACGACAUAUUCAAAGGCGACACUCCACCCGGAUCUUCGGAGAAACCUCUGAGCACGGCAAAGCUGAAGGAGAUGAGCGGCAGCGACAUCUUCGCCGAUGGUAAGGCCUCUUCCCGAGAUUAUUUCGGAGGUGUCCGUAAACCCCCAGGCGGAGAGAGUAGCAUCGCCCUGGUUUAAUUCACACGUUCUUCAAUCCCAUGCGGUCGUUUCUUCUGUAGUUUUCGAAUGAGGAGUGUUUAUCUGGACCUUUAUGAGUAUUUGUUGCAGAUGUUAUUCACUCGUAUUUAAUCUGAACCUCUAACGGUUGUGAUCGUCUUUCGGUGUUGAAAGUUAGAUGAUGUCUAAAUGUUCUAUUUGGGUCUUUCUUUUGGUGCAUGCUUAGUCAUUUUGUAUU